UCAGUGCUUAGAUGGCAUACUGCUCCUUCCUACGGAGGGUCUUAGCGUUGGCCUUAUGCUGUAUCUGAGAUGCUCUUGCCACCAUCCUGUAGAUUUGAGUUCACACCAUUCCACAACCUCCCGUGGGACGCCCGGUGAUUCUGGACAAGGAUUAAGAAAGUGGAUCAAGCAGGUUUUAAAUCAAGAUUUAACAUUCCAACACAUAAAAAUUAUUUAUCCAACAGCUCCUGCCAGACCCUAUACUCCUAUGAAAGGAGGAAUCUCCAACGUGUGGUUCGACAGGUUUAAAAUAUCUAACGACUGCCCAGAGCACCUUGAGUCCAUCGAUGUGAUGUGUCAGGUGCUCACAGACUUGAUUAAUGAUGAAGUAAAAAGUGGCAUCAAGAAGAAUAGAAUAUUAAUAGGAGGCUUUUCCAUGGGAGGGUGCAUGGCGAUGCAUGUGGCGUAUAGGAAUCACCAAGAUGUGGCGGGAGUGUUUGCUCUUUCCAGUUUCCUGAAUAAAACCUCUGCUGUUUACCAGGCGCUGCAGAAGCGGGCUGGGGCGCUCCCCGAGCUGUUCCAGUGCCACGGGACUGCUGACGAGCUCGUCCUUCAUUCUUGGGGGGAAGAGACAAACUCGGCCUUACAGUCUCUGGGGGUGAGCACCAAGUUCCACAGCUUCCCGGGGCUUUUUCACGAGCUAAGCACAGGGGAGCUAGAGAAACUGAGGGCGUGGAUUCUUGCCAAGCUGCCAGGAGAAAUCGAGGGGCACAAGGAGUAAGUCCGACUCACUUGUUGCCCUGGCUGUUGUGGCUCAGUGGUUAAGCAUCGACCCACGACCCAGGUUGAGGUU